GCUAGAAUGGUUGACACACAACACUGCAGUUAGUUAUGCCAAAGAGAUGGCGAGCACCAUCAUGUAUCAUCAUGAUCUCUGGGCCAGAGUCUACCCAGCCCUUAUUUAGUUUUUUACAGAUUGCACGAUUUGGCUAGGACUGCUUCAGGUAUGCUUCUAGAGAUGGAUAACUCAGAUUUGCCAUUGUUACUUGAUCGGCUGAUGCACUGGCUGCAAAGUUGACUAAGCAGUGCAGGUCUUGAAUUUUGUGAAAGACGAAGUUGGAUCACAAAGAAGCCAUGAACAGCAGUCAAACAGCCUGUUGAAGUUACUGUUAACUGACUGCUACCUUCCCGUUAACUUUGAUUCCGUUUACACAGAAAAUUUGAGCCCUUUUUUCAAAUUUUCCUUGAGGAACUAAUUCCCAUUCAUGAUUUGGCUGUUCCUCGUGUAACUUUUGGUGUGGUUUUAGGAUGUCUAGUUUGUACUCAGGUAGUUGAUGGUCAUCACGAUGCAGCUGUGUUCAAAUUUUUUGAUUGUUGUAAUGCACAGAGGAUUCACGUUUCAUUCUAUCUCAUCUCUGCAAAUGCCACUGGUACCAGCAACCGACCGGCAUAGCAGAAAUAAGAGAUAUAACUUUGAUUCAGAUAAGCUUCGCUGGUACCACAUGCCAUACGAAGGUGACAGAGCCUAGUCGGACCCGGAGUUUGAUAAGAUUCAGAUAUUCAAAAGUACAAAAGGCGACGUUGGAUUUCUUACAUGCAUGAAAAUCGGAUAUCCACCGGAUCCAGUAGGAAAGUCUUCUACUAAUUAUAUUUGGACCUUCGGAUCAAGUUCCACUAAUUGGAUUUGAAUUUGGGUUGGAUAUCGGAAAAAUGUCCGAACCAUUCACAGCUGCUGCCAGUUUCGCGGUUUUCGAAUUCACAGGAUGACUCAGCUCGACCCGUUCCCGGCGCUAUCCUGCGCCAAACCCUAACAAAAAAACGCGCCAUAAGCUCGGUUGCCUUAAAACGCAGGUCGUUGGCUUCGUCGUCGUCGUCUCUCUCUAGUCUUUUCUUUUCUGGUUCUUAAAUAGGGAAGCCGGAUGAGUAAGCAAUCGGGCGAGCGAGAGGACUCGUCGGAGAUCUUUCGGGCCCUCUUCGGAAACUUCUCUGGCGAUGGCUCUUCCUCCCUCUUCACCAACAAUCCUUACAAAAGGAAGCCAGAUGACCAGAAACCGGUCCCUCCAGAAACGGCGUCCUUAGUGGCUGUCUCUUCCGGAGAUGAUAGGAAGCCUAAGAGGGCCAAGCUCGUCGUCGAGGGGGCCGACGUAGAUGGAGUCGGGCAGGAUGAGGAGAAGAAGAAGAAGAAAAAAAAGAGGAAGAGAGCUGACGAUGAAGGAAAGUCGGGUUUGGAAGCAAACGUGGAAUCCGCGGUCGUUGAGGCUGGAAUGGAGGAGUUGAAGAUCGGGGAAGGUGAGAGCUCGAAGAAGAGGCGGAAGAAGGAGACAGAGUCCGAGAAAGGGAAGAAGCGGAAGAGAAAGGAAAUUGAGGAGGAAUACGAGCGGGCGAAGUAUGGUGCACGAGUUGAAAAGGUCGGAAGCGAGGAGACGAUUGUUAAGGUGGGGCAGAAGAGGAAACUGGAGAGCUCGGAGGCGAUGGUCGUUAAGACGGACGAUUUCGACGAUGAACCUAAGUUGCGGCGGACGGUGUUCGUUGGGAAUUUGCCGUUGAAGAUGAAGAAGAAGUCCCUUGUGAAGGAGUUCUCUAGGUUCGGGGAGGUGGAAUCUGUUAGGAUCCGUUCGGUGCCGAUUCUAGAUAGUAAGCUGCCGAGAAAGAGUGCGAUUUUUAAGGGGCAGAUCAAUGAUGCAAUGGCAAGCGUUCAUGCUUACAUUGUUUUCAAAGAUGAAGAAUCAGCUACUUCUGCUCUGUCAUAUAACAUGGCAAAGAUUGGAGAGAAUCACAUUCGUGUGGACAGAGCUUGUCCUCCCCGCAAGAAAGUGAAAGGCGAGAAUCCUUCUCUUUAUGACCAUAAAAGAACGAUUUUUGUUGGUAACCUUCCUUUUGAUGUGAAGGAUGAAGAGCUCUAUCAAUUAUUCUGUCAUCUGAUCCAGGCUGAAUCUAGUAUUGAAGCUAUUCGGGUUAUCAGAGAUCCCCAUACAAGUUUGGGAAAGGGCAUUGCUUAUGUCUUGUUUAAGUCAAGGGAUGCUGCAAAUAUGGUUAUGAAGAAAAAGAAUGAGUGCAAGCUGAGGGACCGGGUUCUGAGGGUUUGUCACUCUCGUCCUGAUUCAACACCAAAAAAACGAGAAAAUCCGGAACCAGUAGCUGAUUCAUCAUACAAGAAGAAUAAAACUAUGUAUAGCAAGAAACCGUUGGAUGAAGGACAAAAGCCCAAGGCAAAGGCUGCUGCUCCUUCGUAUCAGGGUUUACGUGCAAGCAAAGUGGAACGCUCUGCGCGUAAGAGUGGCUCUUCAGGGUUUAAGCAUGAUCUGAAUUUGUUAAAUGGAGAAGUUGGGAAGGAACCAAAGGUUCGCAAGAGCAAGCGGCCAGCUGUUGCAGCCAGGAAAGCAAAUUCACGGAAAGGUUUUCUGCCAAAAAGGCCAAAAGCAUAAGCAGGAUGUCGAAUCCUUGGAAGGUAAAAAAAAUGGAAAAUUUUCAGUGCAAGAACUAUGGUGAUCAGAUAGUCUAGGAGUUGUACACUCCAAAGGUAAAUAUCUUCCGUGAGCUAGAGCCUAGAGGCAUGCAUCAUCUGAGCAAAAUGCCGUCGUUUUCAGGGAUCAAGAUUAAAUUGUAUUCCUGAGUUUUGUUUGGGGAAAUUGUAGAAUAUGAGCCGAUAUGGUGGAGGAUCUUUGCCACGGGCUCGCGUUCUCGAAGUUAAUUUAAUUGAAAGUGACCAACGAAUGUUUUUUAA